AGUCUGGAUGAAUGUUCUUAUGAUUUGACAAUUGUAUGGGAAAAACCAGAAUAUCUGCCUGAUUAUUAUGUUGUUGCAGUGGAUACAUUAACCAUGAAUGUUUCAGGGGAUGAAACUUCCGCAGUGUUUUCAAAUGUAAAAUUUCGAUCUUGUUAUGUAGUUGAAAUAACUGCAUUUUCUAAUGGAGGAAAUUCAACCUCGUCUAAUGACGUUGAGAUUUCCUCGCCAGUUAUCACUCCAGUGUGGAAAGUAGGUGACUUUUUGGUUAUUUUUGGAGUAGUCACCGUCUCUUUUGCAGUCGUUCUAGUAAGCUUCAUAGUAUAUCGUUACUUUAAAUUUGCUAAAGUUAAAAGACAAAGACUGGAAGCAACUGCAGACUUUUAUGAGCAUCGCAAAAGUGCAUCUGGAGUUUAUACAAUAGCUCAGAUUGAACAGCCAAUAAUUGAGUAUUCUGACAAGUGGGAAUUGGAUGCUGACAAUUUAACAAUUGGUCAGGUUAUUGGGGAAGGUGCAUUUGGAAUUGUACGUAAAGGUUAUUUGCAUAUCAAUUCCGAAAGUAUCCCGGUUGCUAUCAAAAUGCUUAAAGAUUACCCAAAUUCAAGUGAUCUUAAAGAAUUUCAACAAGAAAUAGAAAUAAUGAAAACUGUGGGAAGUCACCCUCAUUUAGUCUCACUCAUUGGCAUGUGUUCUUGGAAAAGAAGAAACAGACCCCUGUUGAUCGUCGAAUUUUGUGCAAAAGGAGAUCUUCAAUCGUAUCUUAGAUCAGUGUGGAGAAAGUUGAAUGGACACUGUAUGAAGAUUGAAGAUUACAAAAGUUUACAAUACGCCAAUAAUGGCGAAGUAUCAAAUAAAUUGUAUGAUAUGCAGGAUGACUUAAACGGAUAUAUUUUGAAACCGUUAGAUCUCUUAUCUUUUGCACGACAAAUAGCUUUGGGAAUGGAAUACCUCUCCAGUCUUCGUUUGCUUCAUCGAGAUUUAGCGGCGAGAAACGUGUUGGUAUGCGAAGAUAACUGCGUUAAAGUAGCAGAUUUUGGAUUAAGUCGAGAUGUUUAUCAAGAUAACAUCUACUGUAAGAGUAGUGGAGGUAAAUUACCCCUGAAAUGGAUGGCCAUAGAAUCACUAACACACCAGCAGUAUACAACACAAAGCGACGUUUGGUCAUACGGAAUUUUAUUAUGGGAAAUUGUAACCCUUGGUGGAUUCCCAUAUCCUGACGUAGCAACGCGAGAUUUGCUGAAAUAUCUGGAAAGUGGAUGCAGAAUGGCACGUCCAGAAAAUUGUAGCAUGGAACUAUAUAAACUUAUGCGGAGUUGUUGGGAGUAUAACCCAUACGAAAGGCCUACAUUCACUGAAAUAGUCAAAUAUUUGAAUACACUAUUAGAAAACGAAAUAGAAUACAUAAAAUUGGGCAGUUAACUCGUAAAAUGUGACAAGGCUUGUAGCUGAGGAAGUUAAAACUAUCAAUGAAUUGACGUGUGCGAUGUUCGUAACCAUCCAGAAGAAAGUAGACUACUUAUAGGGAACUCGACGUAAAUUAUAUAUAUAUCUCCCUUGUAACAGUAAAUUGACAUAGUUAGCUCUAAACAUAUAUUAAAAUUGUUUUAAUUUUAAUAUUUAGAAGAAAAAUAAGGGUAACACACAUAUCUUGCAUCCAAAUAUAUACAAUGUUGUUAACAGAAAACCAAAAUUUAAUGUUCUGAACUGAAAAGUACAUUCAAUAAUUGAAAUUAUUUAUGUAAUUCUCACUAACGUAAAUAAAUUAAAUUUUUAAAUGAAAAAUAUGAUCAGAAAAGAUACGUGUUUCAAAUAUACAAGUGUAUAUUAGAUUAAAUAAGAAAACAAGAAGCUCAGUUGUUACAAACGUAUAAUUUUAUUCUUUCUUUGAUAUGUUAGAUAGCAUUGCACAUAAUUAAUGUAUAAUUGCACCAAUGUAAUGUAUCUGUUCAUAAAUAUGUAGUUUAGAACGACAAAAAGAACAAUUUAAAGUUGACUUUUGAACAUAUACUGUUAUUAAAUUUUUCAAUUCGAUAGUUGAAAUUAAAAUUUGUUGCAAACAAUUUAAAGUAGUCGAGAAACCAUAAAUGUGUUCUUUUUCAUAGUAUUUUAGCAAUUACAAACUUCCUUUGAUAAUAAAUAAUUAAUUUAAUGUACAAUUUACUGUACAAAAUACGUUCAAAACGCACUAAGUUUUGUAUUACUAUAAGCACGAUUAAAAGAAUAUAAAUGUG